CCCCUCUCGCUCUCUCACUCACUCACUAAUCCUCACUUUCUCUCUCCUCUCUCAUAGUCAAAUCCUUCGCUGACUGCUCUCUCUUUCUCUCUCCCUCCUUCCUCUAUAAAACCAAACACCCUUUCCUUCACUUCCUUAGGUCCUACACACCUCCUCUUCUUCCUAACAUUUCCUUUCGUUUUUUAUUUCAAAAAUAAAAAGAAAAACCAUUUCUCCUUUUAUAUAACCGACCGAGUGAUAUAGUUUUUAUUAAUGGCGCCUAGAGAUAAGUCGUCCACCGCCAACACCGCCUCCGCCGCCGUUAAACUUAACGGUAACGUCAAGGAGGUCCAUUUCAGGGGAGUCAGGAAGAGGCCAUGGGGCAGGUACGCCGCCGAGAUCAGGGACCCAGGCAAGAAGAGCCGGGUCUGGCUCGGCACCUUCGACACAGCUGAGGAAGCCGCCCGAGCUUAUGACACCGCCGCAAGAGAGUUUCGUGGUGCCAAGGCUAAGACCAACUUCCCUCUCCCUUCCGAUUGUAUCAACGAGAAUAAUCUCAACGUUUUGAAUGUUAACAGAAAGAAUCUUAACCAGAGCCCGAGCCAGAGUAGUACGGUCGAGUCCUCGAGCCGGGAGCCGGCUCUGAUGGUUGAAUCCUCGCCUUUAGAUCUUAAUCUUGGCCACGGGUUUGGCUCGGCCAAUUCCUCCGCCGUCCGGUUUCCGUUUCAACCGCUCCCUGCUGUCGGAGCCGUUUAUGGUAUGCCGACGACUAACCAACAAGUCCUGUAUUUCGAUCCGUACGUUCAUGCUGGGUUGGUGAAUGGUCAUCAUCAUCAGCAGCUUCAACGGCUGAGAUUUGAUCAUCAGGCGGCCCGUAACUACCAUGCCGCUUCUUUCGCCGGUGGUGCUCAGAGUGAUUCAGAUUCAUCCUCCGUCGUCGAUCUGAACCAUAACGAUCAACCUCGUAGAAUGUUCGAUCUCGAUCUCAACUUUCCUCCGCCAGAAGUUGCGUAAUUUUUUGGUCGGUAUUUAACAUAAUCGCUGGAGAUCGUCAUCAGAUUCAGAUUCCGAUUUCGUUUUUAAUUAAUUUUAAAUAGAAAAAUAGCAAAAAAGAAAAGAAACAUAAUUGAAUGGAAAAAAAAAAAGAAAAAAACAAACAAACACAGCUUGGGAGAGCAAGUAUUAACGCUUUUUUAUGUGAAUACACCACCGUUUAGCUGAUUCGGUCCCCUUUUUUUUGUUGCAACAGUAAAACGACUGAGUUUUGUUUUGUUGUGAUUUAUCAGCUAGAAUUCUUAUUUAAAGUUUUACAUCUCAUGUCGGCAAUAUUAUUUUUUUAAUUUUUUUUUCUCAUUAUUGAAUGGACACACGGAUAAUAAAAAAAAUCCUUAAUCUUCUUUGGUA